GACAUGCAAAUUAAUUUGAGCCAAAAACAAGAUGAGUAAGAAAUUAAAUUGAUCAACUUCGUCGCCACCGUUAAACCCUAGAGUCUCUCCGAAUGCACAAUCCUAACAUGGCGAAGAAGCGGAAGCUCGAAGCGGAACCCUCAAAAAAUAAUGGGGAUGUGAAGAUCGUUGCUGGAGUCGUAGCACAAGAAAUUAGGCACGACGAAGUUCAGUAUGAAGAAGAAGAAGAAGAGGAAUACGAGGAGGAAUAUGAAGAGGAAUACGAAGAGGAAGAGGAAGAGGAAGAGGAAGUGGAAGUGGUAGAGGAAGAUGAAGAAGACGAGGAAGAAGAGGCGGAUGCUGAAGAAGACGAUCCACACAUCAUCUGCGGCGUCGGAGAGGAGCCAAUCCCGAUCAACAAUGUUGGUGGCAACGCGUUGACAAUUCCAAGCAAUCACGACGGAGGCGGCGAAGAGCCAAUUGAGAGCAACAAUAACGGCGACGAGGCGGAGGAGGAGCCGAUUCAGAGCGUCCUAGCUGCAUUUAGUAAAGAAACAUUGGUCCAAUUGCUCACGGAAGCCGCCGAUUGCCACGCCGACGUGGCGGCUAGGGUUUGGGCCUCGGCGGAUGUGGAACCCUCCAACCGGAAGAUAUUCGUGCACGGCCUCAAGUGGGACACCACCACGGAGACGCUGUUCCAGGAGUUCGCGAAAUUCGGUGAAAUUGAGGAUUGCCGCGUCGUCUCCGACAAGGCCACUGGCCGAUCCAAGGGCUAUGGGUUCGUUCUCUUCAAGACCCGCCUCGAAGCUCGCCAGGCUCUGAAGGAUCCUCAGAAGUUGAUCGACGAACGAAUGACGUCGUCCCAGCUGGCAUCCGUGGGGUCUAUUGCUACGGCAUUUCCGCAGAAACCGGUGACAGAGUAUACACAGAGGAAGAUUUUUGUGAGUAAUGUGGGGGAGGAUCUGGAUCCGGAGAAAUUGAAGAGUUUCUUCUCCAUGUAUGGGGAGAUCGAGGAAGGCCCUUUGGGGCUUGAUAGAGAGACUGGCAAGCCGAAGGGCUUCUGCUUGUUUACAUAUAAGACCGUUGAGAGCGCGAAAUUGGCGCUGAGCGAGCCUCAUAAGCAAUUUGAAGGGGUUACAUUGCAUUGCCAACAAGCAAUUGAUGGACCAAAGCCUCACAAGGGCGGGGCUAAGAAUCUGCAAUAUGUCGACAAUGUGUAUCCUAGUAUGGUUGGUUCAACUAUGGUGCCGCCUCCCUAUAUGCAGAUGGACCCUUCUGCUGCAGUAGGACAGGCAUUGAGCCUUCUCGGGGCGUUUGGAGUAGCCACAGGGAUGUAUAACAACACUGUAGUGGUGCCGGGUGGAUACGCAAUGGGUGGUGUAGUAAACAUGGGAUCAGCUGGGUUGGAAGGGGGUUGGAAUCAAUGGGGAUACCCGACCAACCAAAUGAGGCAGCGAGGUCGUGGCAGAGGACGCCAGGGUCCUAGGCCGCGCAAAGUGAAACUAUGAAUGGGAUUUUGCUUCAAUCGGUCUUCACAAACCAGGCAUUUGCAUAUUCAUAUAUAUUUUGGCAGUGCCUACAAUUUUCCAAUCUAUCCUCUAUAAACUUAUCUUCUCAUAGACAGGAGAGCUUUAUUGGAAAGUGGUUUGUAACAGAUUUUGGCCAUUGUUUUGGUUUAUUUUGUGAAAAUUUCUUCUCCUAAUAGUGAUUGUUAAUAUUUCCCUCACUUGUGUUUCAUGAAUAGCGACCUUUUGUAUCAUUUCAUCCAUUUCUGAUCGUGUUCGAAUUUGAAAUAUGGUCUGCUUCUCCUAUGGAUUUUGCAUUUGUGCCCAUACUUUUUCCUCCUAUUUUGUUUUAUGCUUUAAAAUUUGGUUUUUGGAGAUGCUCAACUAUAAUUUAUAACUACACAGAAGCCUAUUGAUCAAGAUAAUCCUCUCAGUGAAUCAAUGGCAAUUUAUCUUGUGAUGAGUUCAUAAGAUCCCCAAAUUUUCAUUUUCAAACUGGAGUGAUAUAUGGAUAUUUGAAUCCAUAAGUUUUUAUUCGCAUAUGGUGCCAUUGUGCCUAUUUUAGAUUUGUGUCAAGGUCUUGCACCACAUACAUCCAAUACGAUCUCCAAGGUUCAGUUCAUGGUCUUAAAACCUGCCUUGCCAGUUCGUCAUGCACAAGCGUUGGUAGGGUAGACGACUGUGGAGCUUACAUCUUAGCAGAGCUUACAAGAUGAAGGAAAUGAUAUUUAUAGCCAAUGAAGCCUUGGAUGAUGGCUUGGUUUCUUGACCUCACUCAAAGAGUCGUUCUGUUAUUAACAGUGUGUUUUAUGGUGUAGUAAGAGGAGUAAAUGGUGAAACAAAGAAGGAAGCUCGGAGGGUGAAAAGCUGUGCAGAAAGCUCUCAAAAGUGGCCACCCGACCGGGUGAAUUUCAUGCCCAAUAAUGUACCCGGCCGGGUGAUUUCUAGAAGGCAGCGAGAGGACAGAAAGCUCUCAAAAUUGGCCACCCGGCCGGGUGAAUUUUGUACCCAAUAAUACACCCGGCCGGGUGGAUAAAUUAUAACUGUAAUUUUGCAGUUAAAGGCGGCGGUUUUUCCCUUCCCAAGAGAAAAAGUGGCAGCUUAAAAGAUGGAAAGAGAGGUGACGUGAUGGGAGGACAAAGGGGGACAGAGGAAUUAAUUAAAAAAAAGGCAGGAGAGAGACGGCUGGGGACAGAGAGGAGGAAGAAGAGAAGGAAUAAAUUCCGACCAACAUUCCGACGAUCCAUCUCCAUAUCUCCAUUCUACUCAACAAGAGCAAGCUUCCUACGGUUUUAAUUGUUAUUAUUACCAUGUGCUUAGGCUAAACUCUUACGUUGCUCCUAAUGUGUGAAAGAUGUGAAUGACUUUUGGAUUCUAUGGAUUAGUAUUUUUCUAUGAUCU